AUGCUAACUGCUGGAUUUAAAAAUUCACAACAUCUACUAAUUUACGAGUUUUCAAGAUCUACGGACUUUCAGUUGCUCGAUUAUGUACAAUGUUUCACUGGUAACAAUAUAAUGGCAAUGCAUUCAAUGUUAAUAAACAAACCUCCAGAUACUGGUUCGAUGACUUCAAGACAUCCAAUGCAUCAGGAUUUACAUUACUUUGCAUUUCGCCCAGCUGACAGAAUCAUAGCUACAUGGACAGCUAUGCAAACGGUUACAAAAUCUAACGGUUGUUUAUUUGUAUUGCCGGGUUCACAUAUACACCCGGGUAAACUUCUUCCACACGAAUAUCCAGAAUGGAAAGGUGGCGUGAAUAAAGGUUUCCACGGGAUUAUCGGCUACGAUAGUCACCAAAAAAAAUAUUUGGAUAUGAAUCCUGGUGACACGGUAUUUUUUCACCCAUUACUAAUACACGGAUCUGGACCGAACAUGUCACAAGAAACAAGAAAAGCAAUUUCUUGUCAUUUUGCAUCCUGUGAAUGCCAAUAUAUAGACGUAAUAGGUACAACGCAGCAAAAUAUCGCUAUUGAAGUUAAAGAAAUAGCACGUCGAAGAGGUUUCGAUGACAUGGACUUCAAAGACUUUUGGAAGUUUCGAAGUCGUCUAGUACGUGGAUUGAAAAUGCAUUUAUAACGCACCUUAAUGACCUGCU